GUUGCCAAGACAACGCCCCUUUACGGUACAACAUGGCUGCCCCCGUGUGCUGAGAGGUCGCUACGGGUAGAUGUUACGCCGUUAUUGUUUCUAUUAUAGUUUGUCACCUCGUUUUCGGUGAAUUAUUGUUGUGUUUCCCCGCGAUGGCGACAAAGGGGAGCGGGCUGCAAGCCAAGGUGAGCCGCAUGCUGAGCAAGGAGUUCGGGAAGCCGAUUCUGAAACCCAACAAGCCGCUAGCGCUGCGGAACGAGGUGGCGAAUAGGAAACUGCGACAGGGAGAGGCUUCCUGUCUGACGGAGAUGUCUGUGAUGAUGGCGUGCUGGAAGCAGAGCGAGUUCAACCACGCUGCAUGUGCCCAGGAGGUGCAGGCCUUCCAAAGGUGCACGGCCCUCGCGCAGGCAGAGAGGAAAGCUCGGAUGGGCCAGGAGAGCAGUGGGCAGGGGGGCCGCCUACACCCCAAGCAAGCCAACACCCUACUGAAGCGACACCCCAACCUGUACCGUGAGAUCUAGGGGAGCUCCUGGCUACAGGGAGGCAGGCAGGCAGACAGACUGCAUGGGAGCCUCCCCUCACAGCUCUGCAAGCAAAUGACAAAACUAUACCAGAAUUGUGAGGUGGUGUAGUGUAGCUGAGAGGCUAUUGACCAGACUCAUUUCACCUGGGACUUGAGCCAACCUGGAUUCGAACCCAGGCCUCCAGAGGUGACAGGCAGGAGAGCGAAAGGCUAGUGAAUUAGUACAACUGUCACAGGACAGUUUUAGAAGGGAAGGACAAACACCUAGCAGUGAAUGUGCUUUUUUAUUUAUUUUUUGCUGAGCUUGAUUGAAUUUCUGUACACAUCUGCUAUUUAAUACAUCAUUUCAAAUGGAA